GCGCAGUCAGGUCAAGAGUCAAGAGUCACGUCACGAGGGUUAUCGUCGCCUGCAAGCCUGCUUGCUGCUCGCCCGCCCCAUGUGAUGCGAUCGGGCCACCGCCUGCACUCGACUCGAACCUCACCACUCGACUCAUCAAACUGCAACUGCAAAACUCGCACCAACGCAACCAUCAUUCGUGCCGCGUGACUCGUGACUGACGCACAGCACCUGUAUGCCGAUCACGACUGCCGCUUCGACCUCGGGUGCUCUACAAGCUUCCCAAAACAUCAAAUCGCGCUUGCUCGAGACAUUGCAGCGCUGCUGAGCACCAUCAAGGUGGCGCUUCCUAGCCACAUCUCAUUCCGCCGCACACAUCCAGGCUCAACCACCGCAUUGCAGCCACAGCCCCAGCCGCCAGCAUAUCGAAGUCUCGACCACCAUGGCCAAGAUUCCGCGAUCUUUCAGGCUGUUGGAGGAGCUUGAAAAGGGAGAAAAAGGUAUUGGAGAUGGCACCUGCUCUUAUGGUCUCGAUGACAGCUCCGAUAUUGAAAUGUCCAACUGGGGCGCAACGAUCAUCGGACCAGGACACACCAUCUUUCAGAAUCGCAUCUACUCUUUGAAGGUGUACUGCGGAGCCUCUUACCCGGACAAGCCUCCCGAGGUUGCUUUCCUCACAAAGAUCAACCUGCCGUGUGUCGGAUCAGAUGGAAAGGUCAAUGCAGCAGCGUUGCCAGUUCUCGCGGGGUGGAGGCGAGAGAAUACAUUGGAGACGGUAUUGGUGGAGCUCAGAAGGGACAUGGCGGCAAGCCAGAAUCGCAAGCUGCCUCAACCUGCCGAAGGAUCCACGUACGCAUGAAUGAGCAAUUUAGAGUCUUGAGACAUCCUUCCACAACUGCAACCUCGGGCUCGUGCAAUAUAGGCCGAACAGACACAGAAAAGGCGGGAAGAACUCCGUGCCGCUGGCGACCCUCAUCGAGAGCGUAAAGCUUCUUUGUAUGAGUGAGUGUCAGCCAAUUCGCUCCUUCAACGAAAGGAGACAGAACACGUCUCAAGGUGUACUGUGACUUCAUCUCAUCUAACACCGACGUUUUGGGGUGCCCUAGACCUCUUUGCAAGCCAGCUGGGAGUAGCUGAACGAGCUGAUUUUCAUUGAAUGUGAAUUGCGGCUCCCACUUGUG